GAAGAAGAAGAAAAAGGAGGGCACAAGAGAAGCAACUCCUGAGUAAAGGGAUCGAAGAAUACAUGUGUAAAGUGAUGCUGCUGCUUAUGACCGCUUGAUAUCACCCACUUUUAACCACUGAGCACUGUCAUGUUAAGAGCGGAUAAAUAGUUUAAUAGGCAGAACUGCAAUACACCAGCUAAACAGCACUCGUGUCCCCCAAAAAGGGGGCAUCACAACCAUGGCAACUGCACAGUCUGCUGUAACGUUUGCAGUGUGCAUCCUCAUGAUAACCGAGCUAAUACUUGCCAAGAAGGACUAUUAUGAUAUACUGGGAGUGCCUAAAGAUGCUACUGAGCGUCAGAUAAAAAAAGCUUUCCACAAGCUUGCAAUGAAACAUCACCCAGAUAAGAACAAGAGCCCUGACGCUGAAGUGAGAUUCAGAGAAAUUGCUGAAGCUUAUGAAACUUUAUCAGAUGAAACCAGAAGAAGACAAUAUGACCAGUUUGGUUACACCUCUGCAUACUUUAGUGGGGAGACGCAAGGCAGACAUAGACAGGGUGCCCACCAACCUUUCAGCUUCAACUUUGAUGACAUUUUCAAGGACUUUGACAUUUACAGCCAGAACAGGCACGCUCGCCACCGAAGACACUUGGAUGAACACUCAAGGUACCACAAGGAGUCCCACAGCAGACAUAAGAGACACUUUCAAGGAGGUUUUGGAGCAGGUAUCUUUGAUGAGAUGUAUGACGACAUAGAGCGAAUGUUUACCUUUGACAGACACACUAAACAGACUGACAACAGGUUUCGUGGUGCAUCGAAACAACACUGUAGAACAGUGACACAGCGCAGAGGAAAUAUGGUAACCACAUACACAGACUGUACUGCAUCUUAAGAUGCAAUGUAAAAUUACAUCUGACUCAAAAUUGCUUUAACGGUAUACAAUACUGUUGUAUUGAUAAGGUAAUGGAGGCCACAUUGUUCAAGUACUAUGAAAUUUGAGCACUGACAUUGAUAUCUGACAUUCAGGCACAGGAUGGCAAACAGUGAACCCUCAGUUUUCUUAGGUCUAAAUUCAAAUAAGCGAAUAAUGUUUUGUUCAAGCUAUUACCUGUGUGUGUGCUCAUUGACUUGUACAUGAUUGUAGUAGUUUUUCACUUAUUGUUGAAAUGAGCUGACAGACUAUUUUGUCAGUGUUUUUUAAGCACCUUCUUUAAUAGUGUAAUGUUACUGUUUGGAAAAAAUAUGUGUCAGUUCACCUCUAGUUCACUACUUCCACCCUGUUAUUUUGUACAGUUUUUAGUUUCCUUUUUUAUAGUUUUUGCCAUUGUGCGCCUAAAAAACAAACAACAAAAGGUAAAAACAAAAGCAGCCCGUGGAGUUUUGCUUAUGUCAGCAAUGUCAACAAAAAUCUGUGACCCUCUACAUGUUUAACUGCUGUUUGUACUACAUUGUGUUGAAAUAUUCAUGUACCCUACACUGCCAGUCACAUGUUUUGAACACCAUAUAUUUGAGCAUUUGUAGUUAAAUCUGCAUCAAUGCAGUUGUAAAGUAAUUUUAAAUAUCUGUAUUGAGGCUAUCUUUAAUACAAAAAAGUCACAGACAUUUCUGAGUUCUGAAUCACAAUCAAUAUUUUUUGGAUGAAGAGUAUUACAUUUAAAUUUCCAGUUACAAUGCUUGAAAUGUAAUCAAAAAUCCUAAAAUAUGAAUAAAAACUUUUGACUGGCAUGGCAGACAAACUUCAAAGAAUGUUUUAUUUGUAACUUGCAGAGGACCAAUUUAACUAUGCGUUGACUACAGUACGUACUACUGUAUAUGUUUCAUGACUUCUUAUUGUACUAGUCGCACGGUUUAUUUUUUUAAUUUAUUUUAUAUAACGGUGUAAAAUAUUGCUGUUUUAUCAACAGUGUAAGUGUAAGAAUACUGCAGUGCUACAAUGCUGAAGAAAUACUGUAUGUAUAAGUACAUACAAGCAUCAAUGUUCAGCACAUUCUCUGAAUCUGGUGAUGGCUACUCACCAGUGUUAAUGAGCUAGUUGAUACAACCCCCCCAAUAUAUUGUUUUCCUAACAUAUCAUCUGUUACCUCAUACUUAAAAACUGUACAGUUACAUGCUUCUUUUACAUUGUAGUGUGCAAUAUUUAUGAUAUAAUGCACUAUAAUGAUAGUGUUUAUACUAAAUGGCACUUUCAAUUGUGUAUAAAAUGUGUUUUAAGAAAUAAAAAGUAGAGACCAAACUGA